AUGUGUUCUUCUGCCGAUGGUUAUACUACAUCCUCCACAUCUCUUACAAAAAGUUUAUGCACACAAUUACCGCUGGAGAAGAGAUUUCCAAAAAGCUACGCGGAACAAAUUCAAAAAAUUGACAAUCAACAGGACUUUGACUGUAUCACUGGAAAUGGUGAAAAUUACAUCGGCUCUGCUACAGUGCCAGGAUGCGUACCAUGGGCUAAUUUGAAAUUUCAGGAAGAUGAUAAUGUGCAAAAUUUGCCACCCAAUGUUUGGCCAGGCUUAUAUGCAUUAAAUAGCUUCACCUUUCCUCAUAGUUUGGGCUAUGCAGCUAGUUCAUCUGCUGUUUGUAGAAAUCCAGCCGGUCUAGCCUCAAAACCAUUUUGUUUAAGUCAAAGGAAAAACGAAGACAAUUAUCUAAACCCAUUUAAAGAGAUUCAGUCUAAUCCUCACGAGAAAUUGUUUCUCAUUCUUUGUCAUGAGAUUCCUCAAUGUUUGAAAACGAAUCUUAGCGAAGCCAAUCAUAACUGGACGACUGCUGCUGGAUCAAAUGGAGAGCUGAGAAUAACGAAAGUCCGGUCAGAGAAGACUGUUGCAUAUUCAGUUGUUGGAUUUAUUAUUUGCUUAUUGGUCCUCAUUAGUUGUAUAUUAUGGUCGUUAAAUUUUGGAAAGUCUUCUGGUGAAGGAGAUAAGAACAGUUUCAAUGAAAGUGAUCAGGUGGGAAAGGGAUUUUCUCAACGUUUGAAUGGUUCUUCAGGUGGUGCAGAGGAAAAACGCUUAGAAAGACGAAGGCGAUUACUCAAUCGACGUCGUAGACUUCGUCAGCUUAAUCCAUGUUUACGUUGUAUUUUGGGAUUAUAUUAUUUAUGUGCUGAUUUUGUACAGUCGGCAAGUACGCACAACCAGCCUCAUUCUGUUUUCAGCAUAAUACAUUCCCCAGUUGACAGAAAUUCAUCUUCAGUACGUGGUGAAACUGCUACAACUAACGUAGCUUAUUUAAGCACAUGUUUCUGCUUACCUCGCUUUCGUGAAAAGGUUAAAUGUGAAUCUUUUAGAAUGAAUCAAUCUACUUCGAGCUGUGCAAGACCUAGUAAAUGUGUUAUUGAUGAGGAAUUUGAGGCGAACACGUUAGGAAUAAGUAUGGGUAAAUCAGGAGUUUGUGUGACUAACGUACCUGAGGUUUUCUCCCCACCCAGUGCUAUUGAAUCUUCGACAAAUAUUUGUGUCACAUGUGGAGUUUCUCGUAAUGUCUUACUUAAUAUGUGUUCAUCUUGUCGUAACAGUCAACAAAAUGCAACAGCUAAAAAAGAUACUUCUCUUACUGUUGGCUCUUAUUCCGAUUGUGAUAAGUCAGAGCAAAUGUCAUCCCUUGCUCUGGUUGAUUCAUCUAUUCAAUCGCUUUCAUCUGCUUCAGUUAGUUUGGGUACCACAAUAUUCCCAGACAAGUUGUUUAAUAUGGCUUCAAUGGUACACUUGUUACACCCAAAAUUGAAGUUAUUGUGUUAUCCUCGUAGUCGUCUUACCGAAUUACGCUGUUUGGCUAGACGUGCUUUUGGUUGGGUCCUCUUAGUGCGCGCUCCAAAUUUGGAUAAAUUAAUUAACAGAAGACGCUUAUUGGCUACCACAACUUCUGAAACACCCGAUCUUAAUUUAAGCAUUGCAUCGGAUAGUAGUACUGAUGAUCAGGGAAUUUCAGACGCAUCAGAUAAGAUUGCCGUGAUUAAAAUGUUUCAACGUGGUAUCAACUUAGAUUCAGAGGCCAAUUUUCUUCGUGAAGCGGAAAUACUUGUGGAAUUGGAGCAUAAAAAUAUUAUCCAGCUAUUCGGCGUUUGUGUUCCUCUGGAUCCACUUUCCUUUCUUAUUGAAUAUAUGCCUUAUGGAGAUUUAAAUUCAUUUUUGCGCAAAUACGCAAAUGGAGUGUCGCCUGGUAUAAGUACGGUCAAUGGAGAAUUAUCAAAUCCACGUAAUUUGACGGUAACACCGACUUCUGCAUUUUACAAGCAAUCCCAUGAACAAUAUACGGGUGAACUGACCAUUAAAACUCUUAUUGAAAUGAUUAUUGAUGCUUGCGAAGCUAUGGUUUACUUGAGUGAGGUGUAUUAUGUGCACAGGGAUGUGGCCACUAGAAGCUUUCUUGUUGGAAGUAAACUGAUUGUUAAAUUAUCAGAUUUUUCACUGUGUAGACCAGUUGAACCUGAUGUUGAUUUUGUCUCAACUUCGAAUGAAUCUGUACCGAUAAAGUGGUUACCGGUUGAAUCUAUUCUGAAUGGGCGAUUUCAUUUGGAUACUGAUGUUUGGUCGUUUGGUGUUUUUUUAUGGGAGGUGUUUAGUUUUGCAGCUGAACCUUUCGCUGAAAAAAGUUACGAAGAAGUUGUCAGCAUUUUGGAACGUGGUGAUCGUUUGGCAUGUCCAUCUCAUUGUCCGAAAUCUGUUUAUCAAUUGAUGAAUAAAUGUUGGUCUUCUAAACGUCGUAAACGCCCUAAAUUCACUCAGAUUAUAAGUUGUUUAAAAGAGAUCUUGAAUGAUUUUUCGUCACCUGAAGUCAAUAAGGAUUCAUGA